UUUUGUUGCAUGUACGCAAUGUAUUUGCGCAUGUAAUGGCAGCUGUUAUGUGCAGCUUCACGAUAAUUCUAAAUUUAGGCAGUGUACAUCUACCUAUUGUUAAUUAAAAUAAAUUUUAUUUCUUUUUCAAGAAAACAAUCGUUUACUUACAAAUAAUAAUCAGUCUGUGAUUUAAAUUAAAUGUUUCCACACGACAGAUAUCUGCUAGUCUGCUAGAGCUUCAACAAUAGCUCAUUUGUCAAAGAGUGUGAAAAUACUCGAAAUAGUGCUGGAAAUAUGUUACUUGACAAUUAGCGAGCUUAAGUGUUGAACUCAAUAUGUUUGAUUGUGCCGUAUAUACUUCAUUUUGAUUUUAAUUUGGAAUGUUACGUGCAACGUUCAAGAUUAGAAUGGAACCUUUAACCUGAAUUGGUGUUAUUGAAACGUUAAAAUAUUAUAAAACACGAUUUAAAUAAUGAGAGAUGCGUACCAAGGGUCUAUUAUUACUUCUCAUUUGCAUUGUUGGCAGUAGCAUUAUUUUCAUUGCCUUUAGCAAUCAACGACCUUCCAUACAAACAUUAGUUACGGAGACUCACAAGCAGUUACGGAGCUUCCAAGAGAACCUCAAGGAUGUAGAAGAAAAGAGACUAGUCACAGACUCCAAAUACCUUGCAUUACUUGGUCUUAACAGAGAAACAAGCACAGCACCGUUGACCCCAAAAGUUCAAAAUGUGACAAUAGUUUCGUUGCUACGUCCAGGAAGUGAACAGCAUAUUUAUGGUUUUGUGAGAAACGUUUCUCAUUUUUUGCCAAACAACAGUAUUAUAUUGUACAGUGUUGGUUUGAAUGAUGAAGCAUUGCUGAAUGCUAGAACCGCCUGCAAUUCUACUAGAUGUAACGUUAUACAAUUUGAUAUAAGUUCCUUUCCCGCUCAUGUGGAAGAUGAUAGACUGCACGUUUAUAGACCACUAGUGAUUCAGAUGGCUUUAAGUACAUUAGAAAAUAUUCUGUACAUGGAUUCCAAUGUGCGUUUAAACUCUUCAGACAUAUCGAAGUAUCUGUUGCCAAAGUCAGGCAUCUUAACAUGGCCAACGAGACACGCCAUAAGUUCUCUCACUCACUCGAAGAUGUACGAGUACUUUCACGUCUCGGCAGAGAGCUUCUUUUUCCUUCCUUUGGUAAGAGCGUCACAUUUAGUUAUCAGAAACACAAAUGAAAUUCGUGAUAACGUGAUGCUACCCUGGGUGCAGUGUGCACUAACCAGAGACUGUAUAUGUCCAAUCGGAGCUCAGUCAGCCGGUUGCAGAUUUAAUAAAAGACCUCAAUAUCGUUAUUCCGGAUGCCACGCAUACGAUACGUCCGCCUUAAAUAUCGUUCUUGGAUUGCACUUCAACUUCGACGACACCCGUUACAUACAUCAAGAGCACGAUACCUAUUUCAAUAAGAUACAACCAGACGAAGUAGCCGAGGAAUAUUUGAUGAUAGCGCGGCAGAAUAAUGCGACCGAAGCAAGCACAAAACUUUUGAUAUCCAUGGAACGUUAAAGUCUAUGAUUUCAAGCAUAUCACGAUUGUGAUUUCACGAGGUGUAUAAAUAAGGACUUCUGCACAAACUAACUUAAGACUAAAUAAAGUCAUAGACGUAAGAGUGAGAAGCACA